AUGCAUAAAACACUCAAAACACUUUUAAUUGUCUUUAUUUUAGACAUAUUAUUUUUGUCUUUCAUUUAUACUGUAUUAUAUUCCAUAUUUAAAACUAUUCACAAACCGUCUAUUUGGAAAUUAACGAUCAUUCAUACAAAUGAUGUUCAUUCUCGUUAUGAUCAAAUUAAUGAAGCAGCUACGGAUUGUUCCUCAAAACAGUUUGAACAAAAACAAUGUUACGGUGGAAUUGCUCGACAUAAAACAGUGAUUGAUAAAUUGAGAAAGGAGAAUAAGAAUUCUUUGCUUUUAGAUGGUGGUGAUCAGUUUCAAGGAACUUUAUUUUUUACUUACUAUAACGCAAUAGGAAAUCAUGAAUUUGAUAAAGGCCCAGAAACACUUGCCGCUCAUCACUCACGAUUGAAUAUGCCAAUCGUAUGUGCAAACAUCAAUACGACAUUAAACCCUUUACUUGGUGCUAACAUUAAACCAUAUCACAUCUUUAAAGAAUAUAAUCUAGGGGUCAUUGGUUAUAUAACUGAUACAACUGGAGGUAUUUCUAAUGCGGGUCCAACAUUAGAAUUUUAUGAUCCAAUACCAAUAGUUCAACAAUAUGUAAAUGAACUUCGUUCCAUGGGAAUCAAACGUAUUUUAACCGUUUCUCAUAACGGAUAUGGUCCUGAUAAAGAAUUAGCCGCAAAUACUUAUGGUGUUGCAGUGCAUAUUGGAGGUCAUAGUCAUACUCUUCUAUCUAAUGAUACUACUUCUAAUGAUUAUCAUUUAGCAUCGGGUCCGUAUCCUACUAUUGUCAAGAAUGCUAUAGGUGAAGAUACUUUGAUUGUUCAGGCAUUUUGGGCAGGAAAAUAUAUAGGACAUUUGGACGUAUCAUUUGAUAAGAAUGGAAAAGUAGUCAACUAUUCAGGUGCCCCAAUUCUCAUAGAUCAAUCAAUUCCUCAAGAUCCUGAAAUAGCUGACUUGGUAAAGCAAUGGAGAGAACCGUUUGAUCAGUAUACAAAAACAGUGGUUGGUAGAGCUAAUGAACCAUUUGAUCAAUCAUCAUGCCAGAGGAAUGAAUGUACAAUGGGUAAUCUAGUAUUAGAUUCUUUCUUAUGGUCUCAACGAAAAAUUAGUAAAGUAAAUGCAGCAUUCUUAAAUUCUGGUGGAAUUCGAGCUGGAUUGAUGAAAGGAAAUAUUACUCGUGAAGAUAUUAUAACUAUUUUACCAUUUAGUAAUUCUUUGGUAAUUUUAGACAUGAGUGGUCAGAAUAUCACGGAUUUGUUGGAAAGUGCGACAGGAAGGUGGAAAAAUAUAAUUUCUGGCAAAAGAGUCACUAGUUUUAUACAAUUAUCUGGUAUCAGGUUUAAGUAUAAUAGUAGUAAACCUGUAUUUAAGCGAGUAUUGGAAGUUAACAUACAGAAUAGUGAUACCGAAAUAUUUGAGCCAUUAGAUCUUAAAAAAAAUUAUAAAAUUAUUACUGUCGAUUUUGUUGCCAAUACCGGUGACGGAUUACUUCCAUAUCCUAUUCAAGAUUUAAUUCCUUUAGACAGCCCAGACGUGGUAUUAACAAAUAACAUUCAAGAUAAAAAAGUUGUUAGUCCAUAUUUAGAUGGCCGUAUUCAAGAUGUUGCCCAUAUCACUAUUCACAGUACUUUAUCUCCUCAUGAGCCUAUUCAUUUUGGUUAUUUUGAUGAUGAUAAAUUAAGUGAUAAUGUGGAAAUCAAGAUGAAAGGUGACAUAAAACCAGGUAGACAAAUUGUAAUUAAAAUUGAUGGUUUAUGA